CAAGACAUUCAACAAUGAGAAACAGAGAAGGUUAUGCAGGUUGUUUCCCAGCUAAACAGAUCACAGCUGGAUCCUUCCAUGCCCGUGGGUUGUAGUGUUUUCCAUGUAGAAAUUUCCAGUUUUCAGGACAAUGCAAAUAUUGCCCUUGCUUACACUGACUUGUUGGAUCCUACAAUGCAAUUGUAGGCAAUGCAAUUAUUAUCCACCAGAUGAUCAAGAUUCUCAGACCACCAUUUCAGACAAUGAGCCUCAGAUAAAAAACUUAUCCUUGCAAAGGUAGGCAGUGUGGUCUUUUGGUUUCACAUGGAAAAGAUAUAGUAUUGAAAAACUCAUGGAAUAAUAUGAUUUAAAAGUUCUUUGGUAUCUUCUUCCACUGAAGCUGUGGCUUACUGCUUGCACUGACCCAGUUUUUGGGUCAUCAUAAGCCAAAAGGAAGGUUUGAUUCCUUACUGAGGUUUUCACUGGAGUUGCUUCAUGAAAUCAUUCUGGUUUUUUUCAUUAGUGUGCCAAUCAAUCCUAUCUAACUUAUCUUGAAUUUCUUCUCAGGUACAUAAAAAUAACUGUGGUAUUUGUGAUAUAAAGUUGAGAUGUUAUUUCCACCAGAAUUCUAAUCUCUUUCUGCAAGUUGAACGGCAAAAUAUCCAUAUGGUUCAAACUUAGUUUAAAGGACAUGUUUUGUGUGUGUGUGUGUGUUAUCUGAAUUAAAUUUCUUCUUUAUUUCCCUGAAUUUCCUGUUAGUGAAGUAUUGAAAUGAUCAGGUGCGAUAAAUAGCUUAAUAACCUAAUGUAAAGAUUUGUAUGUAACUCUGUGUCAGGAGGAAGUACUGAACCUGACUAAUCCAUGUUAUUCCAUUUGGGAAAACACCUUUUUCAGUUACUUAGCUGGGGUUCUGACCUGCAGGUCAAAUUUAGGGUGGUUUAGGUUCAUACUAUUUUCGUAACAACUUACAUGUUAGAAACCACACCAGCUGAGGAGGAUCUGUGAGGGAACAGGGAAAGUACACUUCUGAUACAUUUAUUAGCUGGGAUUUGAGGGGAGCUCAAAAUCUGGCAUCAGUGUUGAUAUAAAUUCAUACACACCAGCUGUCCAGCGUUAGAUUCAUAUAUGGCUCUGCUCUGAUCCUAUUGUCCAAAUCCUGGCUGUACAGCACAUUACAGGGAUGAAGACAAGUUAAUCUCUGCCUUUAGAGUCUUACCCUUAGCAAACCCUUCUUGGCAGCAGGCAGAACCACUCACCCAGGACUAAUUCUGUCUCAAUUUAUUAGAUAAGAAGUGGCAAGACACGAACUUCAUGAACCAGGAGCAUUUGCAAAUAUAAUCAUGCAACAGUUUCAAAAUGUCUAUAGCAGUCUACGUGUUGAUGUUAUCAAUUGCAUUGGCAAAAUAUGGUUUAGUCAUAUAUAAUAUAGACUUGUUGGAAGACUUGUUCUUUUAGUUAAAUGCAUUGAGAUUUCAUUUACAAAUACUGCUUUUAUUUACAAAAAACACAUGGAAUUAGCAUUCUUUAAAGUCCAUGUUUAGUGAACCACAGCAGUAUCUCCACAGGUUGGAAGAAGCUGAGUAUUUUUUAAAAUGCUCAGGUAAAUUUGUGUCAGCUAAAUCAGUCACACACACAAUAUGAACAUGUAUUCAUGCUUAUGAGAGAAACCUAUGAAUGAAGAUAUUCAUAAUCUCAUUUGCAUUUCCAUUGGCUUCCCUUUUAGAAAAAGCUGACCUGAUUGCUUGAGAAAUCAGGUACUGUUUUAAAAAAUAGAUAAAUAUUCCAAUAUUAUUAAUAGUCUUCAUGUUAUUAGUUAUUGGAUCAAGGGUUCUUGCUCUGAAUCUAUGCUGAGGGUCAUAAAACUAGAUAUUGUAGUUGUUCCAGAAUCCACAAUCAGCAAAAUAAACAACUUUUGGAAAGGAAAAAAGCAAUUAUGCUAGCAUUACGUCAUACAGGAGCAUGAAAUAUGUCUUCUUAAUUGGAGUAAGGUGCCAUUGGAGAGGCUGUGGGGCUAAAUUCUAAUCCUAGAUAUGUGGGCCCAGACUGUUCAGAGACUGAGAUUAGAGUGUAAUCCUAAAACUGGAUUGAGAACGAUACAUUCCCUAAAGAAAGGAAAAUAACUCUAUUUAUACUGAAUGUGUCAGCCAGCAGAGUUUGUGUUGCAUGCCUUCACACUGGCUGGGAGACAUGGACCUGCCCGUUCUUGAGCCACUGAUUGUAAAAUUGUGAGCAGCAAGUCACUCUUUUUUUUUAAACAUGCUGUUCUCAGCCAGUAGUCAAGGCUUAGUGCUGGCAAACUCAAUCCUUCAGGAACUAAGCUGGGCUCACAACCAAAGCUCAUCUUGUUCCCCUUGGAACGGCUGCGGGCAAGGGGAGUCUGUGCCACUAAGGCAGCACCCAGGCUGAGGCAUGGGCUAAACCCAGAGGUGGAGAUGCUGUGUGCUGAGCACAAACACACACAGAGGGCCUGCAAAGCCUGUGAGGGGCCAGAGACAGACGGUGGAGGAAAAGGGAGCUGAAUUCCUGCUGUUUGAUGUGGCACUGGAGGCACAGAGGUCCAGGACACUCCCCAGCUGAGCUGUCUCGGGGCAUGCAGUGGUUUGUGAACAGAAGCGAAGAUUUUGCUGCCACUUCCUGAUUUCUGCCUUGAGAGCGGUCUGAGCUGGGACAUGAUCGGAGCAUUUAAAUGGACUUCUCAGCCCCAGGAACGGCAGACUUUGGGAUACAGUACAAAGGAAUAGAGAUAUCAGGAAAGAGCCCACAAACCACUUCUGCAAAGCUGCUGCUGUCAAUCUGAUGAAAACAGAAACUUGUGAGAGAAAACUACACGGAAAGUUCCCAUUAAGGAAAGGAGUGAGGUUUUGUUAGCAUGUCAUGGCUCACCUGUCCCACAAAGCCUGCAAGUGCUGUAAAAACUGAAAACUGUGAAAGGGAACCUCAGGUGUACCCAUGGAAAAGACAGAUGACCAGAACUGCCAGGAUAGACAUGAAGAAGACAACCCAAAGAGUUCCCCAUUUGACUUUGUUAUAAAACAGUUCCAAGGAAAGAAGUGUGCUCCUGAAAAAAGGAAAGAGCAGCCUUCAGCCAUCAAGGAGUUCUUCAAAGGCUUUGACUUUGGUAAAUCUGAAGGCAAGGGCAGAAAGGAAAUUGAAGAAACAGAAAUAAGCAAUGAUGGAACUGAUGAUCAGAGUGAAAAGCAAGAUCUCACUGUAGAAGAUGGACUUUCACAUCUCACUUCUGAAGCAGAGUCACCAUCUGGUGAGCAGAGAUUUAACCAGUUCAUGGAGAAACUGGGAAAGAAACCCAGCAGCAAGAAUCUGGAUCUAAAUAAUUGUGCACUAAGUGCAGCAGAUAUAACAGAGUUGGCUUCUUUACUGCCACUUCUCCCAGAGCUGGAAGAGAUCAGCCUGUCCUGGAAUGGUUGUGUUGGAGGGACUUUGAAAGCUCUCACUGUCCAUCUUCAUCACAUGAACCUGUUAAAAGUCCUCCGACUUAACAACUGCAGGCUGACAGCUGAGGAUGUCAUCUCCUUAGGAGAGGCAUUUGAAAUUGUUUCUCAGCUUGAAGAACUGGAUUUAUCAUGGAACAGUAACAUAGGUGGAAAACUAUCACUGCUGACAAAAAAACUUCAGGAAGGUUGCAAAUUAAAAUGUCUGAAAAUGACGGACUGUAACCUGACAGCAAAGGAUGGAGAAUCCCUAGCUGAACUUCUAAAUGUGAUCCCAAACCUCGAAGUGUUAGAUAUCUCUAUCAACAAAAACAUUGGCUGCAGCAUGAAGGUUAUUGCUCAGGAUCUGAAAAAUGUGCCAGACUUGAAAGAGUUAAACUUGCACAUGUGUGGAUUAAAGCAAGACAGCCUCCAGGGCUUAGACACUGCUUUACAGCACCUUGCAGAGCUAAGGAAAUUAGACAUCUCAUGUAACAGAGAGAUUGGUGGUGGCUUUAAAGCAUCAACGGCUCAUUUGGCCAGCUUGAAAAAUCUGGAAGUCCUUGAUCUUCACCAGUGCUGUGUCACAGAAGAGGACAUGACUGUUUUGUCCCAGGUGAUACCUUUACUCUCCAAUCUUCAAGAGCUGAAUUUAUCCUCGAAUAAAAAUGUGGGACUCUCAUCAGAUCCUCUUCUGGGCAGGCUCAGGUUUUUACCAAAGCUGAGAUCUGUCACCAUCAGCAAUUGUGGCUUAGAUGAAGAGUCCCUUUCAUCACUAGCUGAGGCUGCCCUUCACCUUCCUGAACUGGAGAUAUUAGACCUUUCUUGGAAUAAGUGCGUUGGUGGGAACCUAAAGCUGCUUUUGGGAGCACUAAAGCUUGCAACAGAGAUUCAAGUGUUAAGACUGAGCAGCUGUAACCUGGUGGCUGAAGAUUUGGCACUUCUAACAUCCCUGAGGCAAGAGGGCCAUUUGGCCAGAUUGCAGAAGCUGGAUUUGAGUUAUAACAACACCAUCUCUGACAAAGGCUGGGCUGUUUUCUGCCGAGCUUUAGGAGCAUUCAAGGAACUCUCAGAGCUGGAUGUGAGCCUCCGGCCGUCGUCCUGCCGGGACUGCGGGCCAUGGUUCGGGGAGUUGUUGGCAGCACUGACACAGCUGCCAGCCUUGGCAGAGCUGGCCAUGCAGAGAUGGGCCCUUUCAGAGUCCCAGAGGAAGCAAAUGGAAGGCUUUAAUCAAGACAACAAGAGAAACAUUCAUUUUGAUUGCUGAUGAAGGUUGGAGGUGUUUGAAGGCCUUUUGGGAGCAGCACGUGAACCAAGCAUUAUGUGUCUCAGAAGACUGCAGUUUUUAAUAAUCUCUUGAAAUAGUUUCACAGUUAUAGAAGACUGUUACUUGACCUUCUGCAACAUAGAUCAUUCUAUUUCAUAAUUUCCUUUCAGAUUCUCUGGGCCGUGCUUACACUACUCAGUCUUUAUGUUGUGAAUAUUGCCAAGGCCGCUGCCCACAGAGCAGUGCUGGGUCAGAGGGACCUGCUGCAGGUUUGGCCGUGGAGGGAAGGGCUGAGGUUUGUGUCAAUGCAGGCGGGUGGGCAGUGUGAAUGUGGCCUCAGAAAAUACCUCUAAUGUGAAAAUACUUGAAACCUCCAUGUUUUAGAUGUUAGUUUCUUCUCCCCUCAAACUUUUGCCUCUUUGUGAAUUACUUAAAUCGUAAGUGGGAGAUUUGGCAUCCAUCCCAACAACUCAACAUUAUAGAUUAGUCCGGGAAGGAGAAUACAGAAGGAGCUGGUCUGCCUCUGCUCUGGCCCUUGAUGCCAUCUCAUAGUGUAGAUGAGUCCUGUGUAGAGAAUCAGCAUAAAAUCAAGGUAAGAAACACUUAUUUGGUGUCUUUGCAAGUCUCAGGGGCAAGGAAAAAGCUAUGGUACAUUAAAUCAGAGAUAUGUCCUGCUACUUGAACAAGAAUUUUGGUUACAUAGCAAUCAAUAAGUGCCAAAUUCUGUCACAGUCACUUGUGUCAUGGAGCAUGUUAACCCACACGUGAGCUCCAGGACUGCAGUGGGAUUAUUCAUUGGUAAGGUAUUUUAGGAAGUAAAGAUAUUAGAUCUGCCCACUGAGUGAGGAGUCUUAGAGAAAUCCUGAGGCAGCUUGAGGGAUAAAGUACUGCUCAAUUAGCUCUGAGCAUCUCUACAUGCUGCAGCAAUCUCCUGGAGGAGAAGCACAACAGGAUCAUUCAGUGGCAGCUUCCUAACUUGCUAAGGCCCCCCAUCAGCAAGUUCUCCCCCGUAGAUGAUGAUCAAUAUUCAGCUUUCAGUCCAUGCAACCCUUCCAACAUCAGCUUUUUCCUGUUCAGGGCUAUAACCAGCACCUGACUGUGCUGAUACCUAUUGAUCAUUUAAUUCAUAAUUUCAUGUAAAAGUUACCCUGGACUUCCUGGUUCCACUUUCAGUUCCAUUUGAAAAGUGCACUUGGCUCCCCCAGCUUUGAGAAACGUGAGUUGGAGUCUCUUGGUCAGGGGCAGCAGGGAAUUGCUGUGUGGGAUCCUAAACCUCUGAAAUAAAGCAAAGAGCCCCUGUUUCAUUUAGGGCUAACAAGAGAGAUUUUCAAGCUAUGAGUUAAGCUAGGACACUUGUUCUAAUGAGGAAAAACCAUCGUGUCUGUUUAACAGCAUCUCACCAACCUAUUCUAUUUAUCACUUGUCUUCAUGUGACUUUCCUCCUCAAAUCCCCCUUUGAACUGGGAAAUUGAUUUUUUAUCUGUUCUGUGAGAAUUCCUGUGAAUUAAUCCUUUCCCUCUUGAACCUCUCUCUCCAGUUAACCUUUAAUGUCCACUUUCUGUUGAAAUCUUCCUAACUGAACUCAAGUUCAGUGUUAGGGUUUCUUGUUCUUUCAUAGCUGGAUUCCUCAUUCUCAGCUCCAGAGCCCAGGACAGACUCACUGCUGGCAAACUCUUCCCUGCCCCUGAUCCCCCUGCUCAGUCCUUUGCCCUCUUAUUAUUCUGUCAUGCCAAUUGUGCCACUAAAAAGCUUUUGUUCCUUUUAUCACCUCUACUAAAAAUCUCGUAAUCUGCCAAUCUGCCCAGAAAUUUCUCUUCCAAUGAUUUCCUGCUUGGCAGUUUCUGAUUCAUCCUCCUCUCUGUUCCCCUUUGCCUUCACUUAGGGUGAAAAAAUUUUCAUUAGACAUUUCCAAACAAUCAAAACAGCCUCAGUUACCCAGUGAAAUGGAAAAUCAGAACAGAGCCGUCCCACUUUGCUGCAGUCCCAGCUCUCUCCUGCCAGUGAGCAUAUUAAUGAGAUUUCAGUAUCAAUCAAGAGCCAAGCAGAAAUGAGUCCCAUGCCCUGGAUGCAGAUUCAGAGAGCACUACGGAGAGACGGAACUCUGGUUCCUCAUCACCUCCCUCAGGAUGCACCACCUUCCCUGAGGCAAGAGGAGGGAGAGCAGGACUGCAGUUCUGACCAGCCAGUGGGACUGAACAAAGGGUUCUGCUCCCACCCCCUCUGCAUUUUGAACCUGCACAGCGGCUGGCCUCAGUCCAGCUUGGUUCUCUGUGCAAAUGAAACUCAGGGGCUUAAAGGGCAGCUGAGCAGUACAGAAUAAAAACUAGACAAGGACAUCUUGUGUCUAGGACAAACAGCUGUCUCCCUGUCAAGUGCUGUGGAAAGACAUGGUUGCACAUAAAUUUGACAUGCAAGAAUUAUAGCAAUAUUAUGUUUGUCAAGGUUCUUUUUAAUAACAAAGGUGUUUGAUGUGUCAGAACCAGAAUCAUGGCAGAAAUUGCAUCCUGCAGACCCACUGCUUUCAAAUAAGCCUGCCAUACACAGACACAUCCCAAACUGUCACCAAGCCAUGUCACAGAUGAGCAGUACCACUAAGGCAGUGACAGCUUGCAGUCAUUCAAAGUGCCGUAACUGCAGAUUGUUGAAACAUCAGUGAACAGUUUUGCCUAAGUGUGGAGAUACUUUCAAACAGCUUUUUACACCUCUGCAAGACAGGAUGGUAAUGCAGGUCCUGGUAGAAGUGUGUGGCCUGUCUAGAAUCCUAGUCCAUAUUUCCAAACAUGUUUCCAAGGUACUGAUCGUUUCUGGAGGUAAAGUGCAUAAGUAAAGUUUAUAAACUGUGAUGUUGUUGGGAUCAUUGCUAAACACAGAGACAACAUGAGUUUUAAAUGCUGAGCUUUGAUAUUAUUCCUGUUCUGACAGUUCUGGCCUGAUGCUGCACCAAGUACCUAAAGAGAUUAAGAGUCCCUUCAGUCCUGAAUUUGGGAGCAGCUGAAGACCAUGGAAUUUCCCUACAGCAGCAGAACAAGAUCUUGCCCCUUCUAUUGUUCCUGCCUGCAAUUUGCUUUAGUCUUCUGGCAGACAUUUAAUUCCUUUAUCUUGUCCCAGCUAUAAUCUUUCUAAUGACUCCAGGAGAAAGAUCUCCUUUGGAAAGAUACUGAAUUUAUUUUCAGAAAGACUAAGGCAUUUAAAAUUUUCAGUUCCUUCACCUCCACAGGUAUCUAGACACAGUCAUUAAAAAGAUAUAUUAUGUCAAUUAAAUGGUAAUCUUUGGAAUUUCGUUUUUAGGGAAGAAAUCUCCUAAGAAAAUUCUGUGGAGCUGCAUUACUGUUGAUAAAUGAACACAGAAUAUUCUGCUCAUUAAUGUCACAUUAUACCUCACAGUAUGGUGGAAAUUUUGGCAGAGACAUCUAUGUUGUUUCCUGUGCUGGAAAGAUUUCUUAUGGGUUUAAUUUUGUUUCUUAGCAGAAACAUUAGUCUGCUUCUUCAUUUCCUUUGCAUGCACAGUGCAGCGGAGAGCAAUUUAAAUUAAUGAAAUCUGAAAGUGAGUCUUUUGCAUAAAUUACUACUUCUGUAAAUGUAACCUUCCAGAAGAAAACUGCACCAGUGGAAAAAAAAUCAUUGGAAAAAAAGCAUUGCAUUAAAUAAAAAAGGAAAGUGUAUUCUGAGCCCUAAAAUAAAGAUGUCUAUGAAUACUCUUACACUUACCAUAGCCCAAGGGUGCAUAAUUGUUCAUUAGCAAAUGAACAGCAAAUGUUCAUGGAGUUAAAGACAUUAACAAUAUCACUCCAUUUUUAAAUUGCCCUUUGCUCACUUUGUGAUGUACUGAUUCUGUGCAAAUGCAGCUCUUAUUUUCCCAGCGUACACAGAAAAAAAAGAUGC